UUGCUGGACGCCUAUGAAUACAGAGGUUUGGUCAAGCACACUGGAGGCUGCCACUGUGGAGCUGUCCGCUUUGAGGUUUGGGCAUCACCAGAUCUGCACGUUUUUAACUGCAAUUGCAGCAUUUGCACAAAGAAACAGAACAGGCACUUCAUUGUCCCAGCUUCGCGCUUCAAGCUGCUGAAGGGUGCGGAGAAUCUGACAACGUACACCUUCAACACCCAUUGUGCUCAGCACACCUUCUGUAAAACCUGUGGUGUACAGAGCUUUUAUACUCCUCGCUCUAAUCCAGAUGGCUAUGGAAUAGCUCCCCAUUGCCUGGAUGACGGCACUGUGCACAGCAUUGUCCUAGAGGAUAUCAAUGGCAAGGAGUGGGAGAAGGCAAUGAAGGAACAUAAGACCAUCAGAGACAUGUCAAAGCCCUGAUGUCCCUUCCCAGCAGCUGAAUGUGGAGCAUCACCAUGGAACUGUAGUUUGGGCUUUCUGUGGUGAGCGUUUGCAAAAUCAGCUUC